AUGACCACCUCCACCCAGCAGCUGCCCAAGCGGAUCCGCGCCGUCCUCCAGCCGGACCCCGCGACCGACAAGCUCGUCCUCGGCGAGACGGACCUGCCCGUGCCCAAGCCGGGCGACACCGAGGAGCACCUCGUCCAGAUCAAGGGCACGUCGCCCUGCCUCAGCGAGCUGUCGUGGGAGCGCAACUUCCCCGACGUCUUCAACACGGGCCGCGAGCGCGUCCCCGGCACCGAGGGCGCUGGCAUCAUCGUCACCUCGCCCGCCGGCUCGCCCUUCAAGCCCGGCGACGAGGUCUACUUCCGCAACAACGCCAACCGCCGCGGCUGCCUCAGCGACUACACCCUCAUCACCAAGAGCAGCCUCGCCCUCAAGCCCAAGACCCAGAGCUGGGUCGAGGCCUCGUGCACGCCCCUCAGCUCCCUGACCGCCUACCAGGCCCUGUUUGAGCACGGCGGCCUCGACCCCAAGGCCAUCUCCACCCAGGGCGGCGACCCCAAGGCCCGCGAGGCCAACGCCAAGCGCAGGGUCCUCAUCACCGCCGCUGGCGGCUCCGUCGGCGGCUGGGCCGUCACCCUCGCUUCGGCCGCCGGCGCAGGCGCCGUCAUCGCCGUCUCCGGCCCCCACGGCAAGGAGGAGGUCCUCAAGGCCGGCGCCACCGAGAUCGUCGACUACACCCAGCAGUCGGUCGACCAGUGGGCGGCGCAGGACCCCGCGCGCCAGUGCGACCUCGUCUUCGACUGCGUCGGCGGGAGCUCCCUCGCCGGCUGCUGGGCGGCCGUCAAGGACGGCGGCAUCCUGCUCAGCGUCUCCGACUCGCCCGACCGCGUCAGGCCCGAGUCGGCCGCCAACAAGAAGCCCGCCGUCGCCAAGUGGUUCCUCGUCGACCCGCGCGGCAGCGACCUGGGCGAGAUCACCAAGAUUGUCGACGCCGGCAUGGGCAAGCCCCAGAUCGACAGCGCCGUCCCCUUUGAGGAGUUUGCGGCGGCGUACCAAAAGGUCGACGGGCGCAAGGCCAGGGGCAAGGUCGUCAUCAAGGUGACCGAGUAA